AUGCAUGAUGAUAUUGUGGGAACCAAAUGGACCAAAACCAGUGGCCAAUCCCAGAAUGUUGGUACUUGUUUUGCUGGAUGGCGUUCUGAACCAAACAAACCACUUUCUUUCUUUCCUCUCUCACAAUCCCUUCGACAAUCAAAUCUUGGUUUUAAUCCAUCUCUAUCUCACCAGAACCUUCUACUUCUAGUUCUGAAGCAGGGAAAGAUGGCGAUGUUUUGUCGGUGA